CCUCCACCAUCAUGUUCACCAAGACCGUCAUCGCUUUCGCCCUUGUGGCCGUAACUUUGGCUGCUCCUUCACAGCCUUCCUACGGAUAUGCUCCUCCCGCAACCUACGACGCUCCUGCCAAGUACGACUUCAACUAUGCAGUGAAGGACGACUACUCCGGCAACGAUUUCGGUCACCAGGAAGCUCGCGACGGUUACGAUACUCAGGGUUCUUACUUCGUUCUCCUUCCCGACGGUCGCCUGCAGAAGGUCGCCUACACUGUCAACGGCGACUCUGGUUACGUGGCUGAGGUCAGCUACGAGGGUGAAGCUCAGUAUCCCGAGUACAAGCCUGCACCUGCCUACAAGCCCGCCCCUGCUUACAAGCCCGCCCCUGCUUACAAGCCUGUUCCUGCCUAUGCUUAAAUGAAACAAACUUGAAUAUACAUUUGAUAACUAUUUAUUAAUUAAACGAAAAUUCUAUCAC